UUGAGACAUUAUAUCGUGCGAUCAAGAACCACGACGCUCAAUUGUUGCAACACCUUCACCACCGCUGAGGACAAAAUGGGCAAAAGCGAUGAGGAUGUGAUCAAAGAUUUCAAUAAUACGGUGAAUAUGUCUGCGGAAGAGCUCGAAAAGUGGUUGCAAGGUAGUCAUUCCCAAAAAUCCGGCUGGUCGAAGGAUGAUGGCUCAGGCGAAAGCGUUGGCCACGAAAGUGGCAGGAAAAUCAUUGAGAUACUGAAAAAGAAUCCUAAGAAGGACCCAUCCAAGUAUGACAAGGAUGACCUCCAGCACAUGCGCCGAGUCGCUGCAUACAACAAGCGUCAUCUGGCGCAAGAGGAGAAGGCCAAACAAGACACCAAUAGCAACUCUUAUCGAUCGUUGAAGAAUUGGGGACAUGAUGCCCAGAAGAGUUGAAGAAGAUCAUGCUGUCAGUUCAUGGUGCCAUUGUUGAUCGUGCGCGGCCCGGGUGGACAUUGAUUUUUCAACUCUCCGUGUAGAACUGCAAGGUCAUGUCCUAUGUCUCGGGUGGAAAGAUAAAGUCCUUGACUAUUACAGAACCAGCGUAUUCCGGGUUCAGCAUGACACAAUUCAGGAAAUAAGCCAGUCCCUGACGUCGUUUUUCCAGGAACUUGGGGCGAAAUUUAUAGAUUGCGCUUUUUGGUGGUAGUGGAGGUAGAGAAGACUUUGUAGAAUGAGGAAAUGCUUUGAUCAGCC